AUGUCUUCCUCCGGGACCACCUUUUCGACCGAUCCCGCGCUUUGGAUCUUUACGUCUCUGACGGCCGGUUCGUCACACAUCGUGACGGCUACUUCGCGGCUGGAGACCAUCCUCAGGGCGAACAAGGUUCCGUUCAAGGCCGUCGACAUUGCCACGGAUGAAAAGGCUCGGAUGCUUUGGGGUCGUCGUGCGGGAAAGGAUGCGGGGGGUAGGUUAAGGAAGCUGCCCGGGCUAGUGCAGGAGGGUAUGGUCCUCGGAGACCUCGUCGAGAUUGAGGAGUGGAACGAAUACGGAGAACUCAAGCAAAACGUAAAAAUCUACUAUGACGACUUUACCAUCCCCCCGAUCAGCCAGGCACCGCCGCCUCCAAAACCCGCUCCCGCCAUCGCGAAGCCCGCACCCCCGGCCCCUGCUCCCCCAAAGAAGACCGAGACGACGACGCCCAAAUCCGCUACGCCGGCGUCCUCGACGACCGCUCCUACGCAGACGGUGCUCCCGAUCCACUCCAUCGCCGACGAGGCUGCUAAGAAAGCCAAGGAGAUGCGACUACAGAGCUUGAGGGAGAAGGUGUACGGCAAGGAUGGGGCCAAGGCCAAAGACGGCGAGGGCGAGGGUGAGAAGAAGGAGGUAGCCAAGGCGGCGGAGAAGGACAAGGAGGACGAUGAUGACGACGACGACGACGACGAAGAAGAAGAAGAAGAGUCUAAACAAAGCAAGGGUAAGGAUGCCCCUAAGAAGACCGAGACCCCACCGCCCCUCCGGUCGAGGGAAUCAUCCUCAUCGACAGCCUCUUCGAACCCGACUGGGUUGCAAUCUCCAACCACGGCUGCCUGGAAGGACUCCAACCCCGAGAACCUCCGCGAAAUGAUACAAUCCCCCACCUCCACGAGCUGGAAGUCCUCUCACAUCGACCCUCCCGUGAAGUCGCUCCACGGGUCGCUAAUCGAAGAUGCAUCGGAGGAGGAGAUUGCGGCUAUUGAGAGGGCCGAAACGAUCACGGAGGAGCCUGAUGAGGAGGAGGCUCUGGCGGAGGAGGAUGAAAGGGAGGAGCAGAGGAGGAAGAGCAUUACUUCUAUUCGAGGGAGUUAG